AUGAAGCCACUAACAACGGCAACACCAUCACACUGCAAUGCCAAACAGACCAAUACAAUGCAAAUGCGCAGCAACAAUAAAUUGUUGUUGCAUCAUCAACAACAGCAUUUGCGUGUUAGUAAUUGGGUGCAAGAUACAACACGCACACAAAAUCAAUGCCAACAACAACAGCCGCAAUUAGUGCAACAGCAACAAUAUUUGCAGCAACAACAACAACGACAAUAUCAUAAUUAUGCUCAACAGCAACAACAACAAACACCACCUCACAUUUCUCCAACACCACCAGCAACAGCGAUCUCUUCAUUGCCAUCAAUGAAUUUCUAUGCCAAUCAACAGCAAGCUCAACAUGCACAGCAACAGCAACAACAACAACUAUCAUCACAUCUACAUCCACAGCAGCAGCAUCAACCACAACAUCGAUUGCCAUGUAGCAUACAACAGCAGCAGCAACAACAACAACAGCAGAAUUUAAAAACAAUGCAUCCCCAACAAACACUAACCCACCAACAGCAACAACAACAACAUCAGCAGAUUUUAACACCCGCCCAUUCACCGGUUACCGCAACCUCAAGUGUUGUCGAAUCGCAAACAUCGCUGCUGUCGCCUUCGUCGUCGAUCAUCACAUAG